AUGAAGCGGAACAAAUCAGUAGCUUUGGCUAAGAGCAAGACGCAAAAGUGUGUUGGUGACGAGCCACCAUGCCAAAACCCAUUGAAAUCGGCUGCCUUGGUCGAAUUUACAUUAUUUUCGAAGCUGCCGCCGGAACUCAAAUUGUUGAUUUGGGAGUUUGCUUUCUGGAGACCUCGGACUAUUCAAAUAAAGGCCCCAUAUAUACCCGUGUACGAUAAUUCUCUUGCGGGCUACUUACGAGAAAGGCAUCCGGUUGGGGUCCCAUUAAUAUUCCAUGUCAAUCACGAAACUCGGGAUUUUGCCAAUAGGAUUUUUGAGAAAGUAUCGUCGGUCACUUCCACAGACACACCCACAGCUUUUAUUCACAUCAAUCCCGCUAUCGAUAUCCUGUCUCUCGCGCAUCGUGGCUUUUCCCAAGCAUUGAGGCCAAUACUGGAAAAGUACCCAGCCUGGGGAAAAACAAAACAUGUCGCGGUCCGAACCCCCAAAGGUGGCUGGGGAAUCAAGCUUAUAUGUGAUUUCUUUCCAAACGUGGAGCAAAUUACCGUUCAGACUAUCACUGGAGGGUUUUAUGGCGAUAGCGGACGCGGGCGGAGGAAGUGGUGGGUUGAGAAACUCAAAUGGAGUUGGAAGCAAAAAUACGGCAGAAAACUUACAGCCAAAGUAACGAUGACGGAUGUAAUUUCACUUGAAGCAGGGCAUACGGUAUUUCACGAGUUUGAGUGGAGUUCGAGCUUGUCCGAGCAACCUUGCACAAUGACCCAUUUCUAUGAGAAUGAUUCUUAA